AUUAUUAUUAGGAUCAUCCAUACGUCCAGUCUUGUUCAAGACCCUCUGUCAAGCCAUACUUAACCUCUACCAUAUCUAUUUUUUUUUGUCAAUGAAAAUGUUGAAAACGGGUGCACACCGGCCUUGUUUUGCCUUAAUUCGGCACUUUAAGGCUUUGCGCCGCCUUUCGACAGCAGCCCCAGAACCCAGCGAGCAGACCCGCCAGAAAUACGAAGCCGCCCGCAAAAGCGUAACCGACCUUCGCCGUAUCUACCCCGAGUUCCUCCCAGACCCCAAAAUCGAAUUCCGAAACCCGAUCCGUGAAAAACUUGAACGCAGUGAUAUGAUUGCUAGACGUGCAAAUAUUGAAAUUCCUGAAUUUUAUGUAGGGUCUAUCCUUGCCGUGACGUUAUCGGACCCCCACACCCCCGGUAAAUUCAACCGAUUUGUGGGGAUUUGUAUCAAAAGAGAAGGUUGUGGCUUGAGAUCCACUUUUAUCCUUCGGAAUGUAAUAGACCAUCAAGGGAUUGAGAUUUUGUACGAGCUGUACGAUCCUACAAUUAAGAGUAUCGAGGUUUUGCGGCUUGAGAAACGACUUGAUGGGGAGUUGUUGUAUUUGAGGGACGCGUUGCCCGAAUAUAGCACUUUUGAUCCCAAUAUGGAGGUGGAGAUUUUGCCUGAAGGGGCCCCAGUGCCGGUCAACGAUAUUAAAGUUAAGUUGAAGCCCCGGCCCUGGGUGGACCGCUGGGAGAGGAAGCAUCUGAAAGGGGUGCAGGAUUUGGAGCUGCCACAGCGGUUCUAUGAUAAGGCAAAGGAGGUGGAUACACCGUGGGAGAAAUACGAUUUAAUGAAACAAUACAUGAGGACUAUUCCAGAGGAAGAGCAACAUGAAAUUUUCUCAGAAUUGCAAACUCACUUGCACAAAUCUGGUGUUACCCAGAAGGUGAAGAGGAAGAGGACUUUUGUCAAACCAACCAAGUUAGCAUAAAUUUGUUUAUUAAGUCAAGAAAGCCAUUUUAUAGCAACAAAUUAUAUACAAUACAAACAAUUAAAUAACA